AUGAAACUGGAGGACAGACGGAUGCAAAAUAUUUUGACUAAAAGUCAACAAAAAUGGCCCAAGUUUCAACAAAAGAACUCCUUAGGGUUUCUACGAAGUUCUCCCCCGCUUCCCGUAUCGCAUGGCGGAAGAGUCUUUCUCAUUCUGAGGGUCCCGCCACGCGCAUUUCCCUUCAAAUCGCUUCACACCUCACAUCUUCAUCUCUCCGUCAUGGCUUUCUCCGAGGAUGACCAAACGAGCGCUAUCGAAGAACUGGUUUCGAGACGUUUGAAUAGUUGGGCAGAUUCCGCAGACUCCCAACCCGCUCCUUCUGCACCCGCUUGUCCGAAGAAAAGCCCGAAGAAACGUCGCAGAAAGGUUCGACGCCAAGCUUCUGGCGAGUCUACCCAAGCAGAGAGCGACCAACUCGAAAAUUUGAAGGCUGUUCACGCCGCCUCUCUAGAGGACGCAGCCCAGCGCGUCCUCCAACGCACAAUUAUAAGACCUCGUGUUUACCCAGCCGAAACUGCUUCUCCGAAGAACAUAUCAUCGGCCCUAUCAACGAUCGUCGUUGCUGGCGACCCCGGCCCAGGUCCGAGGAAGAAAAAAAACAAAGGAAAGUCCUUGCAAUCGCACCAAUCAGCUUCAACGGGAACGCAAUUGAGCGAGGCUCCAAAGGUUGACGCUGCCCAGUUUGUUGACAGUCAUCGGCGAGAAGUUGGUCGUUUUGGGUCUCUAGCGCUUGACAAGCGGGAACGGAAAUCGUUCGAUGCUGCUGAACUAAUACGCCUCGGAUGUCGACCUCCGAAGAAUACUAAAAUUCCCAUCAGCUUGCUCAUUCGAAAGCGGCAAAAACAGAAGGUUAGGGAGGCCAAGAAAAAGGAGAUGGACCUCGCGACUGGCAUGUUGGUCCGGUCAAAACGCAGGUGA